CGAGUCCCUGAUACAAGAUGGCUGAAAAGGUGGGGAGGGAGAGGCGGAGGCGGGUCCGGAUUGAAUAGAGCAAAGCCUAUACGGGAUUCCCAACAAACCUCUGCAAGGACAGGAGGACAGAUGAGGAGAGAUGUCAAGUGAGAAUCAUGGAACAGUGAAGGGGGACACCACCAUGGUGAUGUCGCCCUCAGGCUCUGCUACAGAGGGCUCUCCCUUGUCACCCUCAACCAGUAAACCCAUCCAGGAGCUACCAGAUGAGCUGAUCCAGGCUGGCUGGUCCAAAUGCUGGAGCAAAAGAGAGAACCGGCCAUAUUACUUCAACCGUUUCACCAACCAGUCGCUCUGGGAGAUGCCCGUUCUUGGGCAGCAUGAUGUCAUUUCUGACCCUCUGGGUCUGAAUGCUGCCCCAGCGGAAGGCGCGGGGGACGCAGGCGCGGGGGACGCAGGCUUGGGCAACGGGCAGCGCAAGAGACGCCCAUCGGAAGAGGCAGCACAAGGGGGGCCUAACAGUUUUAAAAGGCCAAAGGUUGAAAUCCCAGUCACCCCAACCACCCCUACAGUCCCCAUCUCUCCCAGCACCCCAGGUGUGAAGCCAUGGAACUCCACCACCGAGGAGAAACCAGGGCAGCCAGCAACCCCCUCCACCCCCACCCCCGCACCAUACCGUCCCACCAUCGUGUACUGGGACCUGGACAUCCAGACGAACGCAGUGAUCAGAGAGAGAUCGCCGGGCGACCACCUGCCUCCGCACCCUGAGAUGGAGCUGCUGCGAGCCCAGCUGGUCACCAAGCUGAGGCAACACUACCACGAGCUCUGCUACCAACGAGAAGGUAUUGAGCCCCCACGGGAGUCUUUCAACCGCUGGCUACUAGAACGGAAGGUGAUAGACAAAGGUCCUGACCCCCUGCUUCCCAGCGAGUGUGAACCUGUCAUCUCCCCAUCCAUGUUCCGAGAGGUCAUGAACGACAUUCCCAUAAGGCUAUCCCGCAUCAAGUAUAAGGAAGAGGCCAGAAAGCUCUUAUUCAAAUACGCAGAAGCGGCCAAGAAAAUGAUUGACUCUAGAAACGCCACACCAGAGAGCCGCAAGGUGGUGAAAUGGAACGCAGAGGACACAAUGAACUGGCUACGGAGAGACCACUCGGCCAGUAAAGAGGACUACAUGGACCGCCUGGACCACCUGAGGAAGCAGUGUGGGCCCCAUGUGACGGCGGUGGCCAAGGACUCUGUGGAGGGCAUCUGCACCAAGAUCUACCACAUCUCCGCUGAGUACGUCCGCCGCAUACGCCAGGCUCACCAGACCCUGCUCAAAGACUGCAACAUCACAGAAGCAAGUGCAGAGGUGCAGGACAGGCUGGUAUACUGCUACCCUGUCAGACUGGCUAUGCCCUCGCCGCCACAGCCUCGCGUGGAACUGCACUUUGAGAACGACAUUGCCUGCCUCCGCUAUAAAGGCGAGAUGGUCAAGGUGAACCGUGGCUACUUCAACAAGCUGGAGCUCCUGUACCGGUACAGCUGCAUAGACGAUCCUCGGUUUGAGAAGUUCCUGUCACGAGUUUGGUGCCUUAUAAAGAGAUACCAGGUGAUGUUUGGCUCUGGAAUCAACGAAGGCACGGGUCUACAGGGGGCUCUCCCUGUUCCCGUUUUCGAGGCUCUCAACAAGCAGUUCGGGGUCAGCUUCGAGUGCUUUGCCUCUCCGCUCAACUCCUACUUCAAGCAGUUCUGCUCGGCCUUCCCCGACACAGACGGUUUCUUUGGAUCGAGAGGGCCCUUUAUGAACUUUUCCCCAGCCAGUGGAUCGUUUGAGGCCAACCCUCCCUUCUGUGAGGAGCUUAUGGAUGCCAUGGUGACACACUUUGAGGAGCUCUUGGAACGUUCCAGCGAGCCCCUGUCUUUCAUCAUCUUUGUCCCAGAGUGGCGGGACCCUCCAACCCCAGCCCUCACCCGUAUGGAGGUCAGCAUCUAUCGGCGCCAUCAGAUGAUCGUGCCGGCCUUUGAGCACGAGUACCGAAGUGGCUCGCAACACAUCUGCAAAAAGGAGGAGAUGUACUACAAAGCCGUCCACGGCACGGCGGUCUUAUUCCUCCAGAACGCCGCUGGUUUUGCCAAGUGGGAGCCCACCGCAGAGCGCAUCCAGGAGUUCCUGGCAGCUUACCAGGUGUCUGGUCGAACCAUGUCCUCUCCUGGGCCCUCCUCCUCAACCCCCACCACACCCUCCCAGGCCAGCACAGGGACUCCUGGGGCUACGGGUGACAAAGACUGCUCUAAGACUGCAACUCCAGAGCAGCCUGCUAGCUUGGACUCACCUGCAAGCCAGGACAACAGCUGUGGCAGUAGUCCUGUAGAAAAGACUGCACCUGAAGCAGCUAGCAUCUAGGAACCUGGGGGGGUUAGGUGGUGAGCCUCUGUAUUGGUGCUGAUGGGGGGGAGGGUUCAGCCCUGGACUGCCUUCAAAGGGUGGCCUACAAAGGAGGGGGACCCCCUCUUUAAUCUGUUUACUUUCUCUGCCUCGACUAUUUAAAAUAGUUAUACUGGGUUUUACAGAUUCUCCUUGUUAUUUACUGUGGUAGUUCUUGUUGCUUUUAAUAACGUAGUUGUAGCGGUUUGCUAUGGUUAUUUUUGGUAUAUGUUGCUGUUGUAGUCGGUAAUAAUUGGGUAAUUCUGGUCCUCGUUCUUUGGCCUUCUGACAGUGCAAUGCUCGCUGGAGGUUGUCUUUUUCUGUUGGUAUAAAGAGGAAUUGUUUGUCAUUGUUUUGCUCAAAUUCCCUCAAUCCUAUGAUACCUUGGUACAGAAGGGAGUUGUAGUGUUUGGUGAUAAGGCAGCUAUGUUUCUAACCCCUUAAGCCUACAAACACUUUUAGUGGUGAUCCUUGUACAUACAUGUAACAUCUAGGCCCAUUGUUACAGUCUAAGUAAUCUAAGAUGGAAGACAUCGCUAGAUUUAUUAUGCUAUGCAGGUCACGUUUACUGUAGACUAGAUUUGGAGAAUUUCACAUUGGUCAAGUCAGCCUUGAACCUCCAUAUCUGCAGUUGAUUAAAGAAGGCCGAGUCCAGUACCCCUGGCAUGAUGUUGCUUUAUGUGUUUUAUUGUUUCUGUGGACAGUUUGUAAAAGGAUGAACAGGCUUCAAUAACUCUAGAGUGUAAAGCUAUGAAAUGCUCUUAAGCCACCGGUAGCAAACAUGCUUAAAUGUGAUUAUUUUCAGCCGAUGUUGGUUGUCACAUUGUUGAGUAGACUAGUUUGUUGAGUAGUGGCAUUUUCUAAUCCAUCCAUUCAAAAUCUUUUUUUUUUUUAUGUUUACACCAGUAUGAGAUUCAAACGCAUCACUGGGCAGCACAAUGAAUGUAGAAUUGAGAGUUAAUGACAAAAUGAGUUGAGAAAAUAUUUAUGUUGGGUGGGGGGGAGAAUACAAAACCUCUAUUUGUACAAUUCUUCCAUCAUUACAUUGUAUUUAAACCUUGGCAUUGUUCUAGUAAACUACUAUUACAUGCAACGCAGACUCUGCAUAAAGUCAUCUAUAGCCUGAGUGCGUGUACAAUGAGCUUAGAUGUAGUUUCACAGAAGACAUCAUGUCUUUGCCUUUGCCCCAUACUGACAAGUGAGGUUCAGAACUAAGAUGACUGCAGGAGAAAUUUGGAUUAGAAGAGUGUGGUACUGUUGAAAUUGUGUUAUGAUGGUUGUCUUGGUCCGAUUGGUCGAUAAGGCAUUGUGCCCUAUAACCUUUAGCCACUCACGCUUCUCCAUAUUAUCAUUGAGAACAAAUCACAUGCCCAGAUGUUAGUGUAUUUCUGUCACCAGCAAACUAUUGUAAAUAUUGUACAGAGAAUUGGUAUGAAGUAUGUGUUAUUUUUCCUCAAUACUACACAAUAGUAUUGAGCUCUGAUGAUAAAAACAAUUAAUUGUAUGUCGUAUGUUCCUCCAUGCUUUUUAAAUUUGAUUUAAUUUAACAUAACUUUUAAAAAUAAAUCUGUUUAUGUAUUAUACAGUUUAUCACAUAGAAAUUGUUUUAAACUAAACCAAAGUGUUAUUAAAAAUCUCUAGUACCUAAAAGUAGAAUUAUGUAUGAUUGCAUCAGUAAUGCAGAAGGUGUAACCAGCAAAUUACUCCUCAAAUUUAUUUUUAUAAUUAUCUUUUGUUUUGUAAAAAAAAUCAGUUUUGUCUUUGAAUUAUUUGUUUUGCAUGAUACGUUUGACACAAAUGUUUUUAUUGCUGAAUCAGUUCAUAGGAAUUUUCAUACAGUAUGACAUUUAUUUAUCCUUCAUUAUAUCUGUUUAAACUCUAAUGGUCAUUUAUUAUCUUUUGUUAUACCAUGAAUGUUUUUUUAAUGUUAUUCCUAUGGGCAAGAAGAAAGUGAAUGUAAAUAUACUAUCUGUGCUUAUUGAAUUCAUAUCCUUGGUCUUCUCAGCAGAUGAUCAAUGUUGUGGCAUUCUCUUUUCAAACUUGCAGAACGAUUCACUGGAUCACAUUUGCUCCCAGUAAAAUGUGUCAAAUGAGUUUCUAAUAAACUAGCUUACUGUA